CAUACCCUAGCACCUUCCACCUUUAGAUGCUCUCAAAAUUCAUUUGGUAGGAAAAUCUUGUAACAAUCCAACGGCCCAAAUAAAAGGAGUCCUAUACUGUAAAAGUGGACCCUACCACAAUACCAUUGGUUUAUGAAAGUAUUAUGUAUGCACCCUCUUCCGGACCAUAUGAACACCCUAACAGGCAGGGAGAAUCGUUGAAUAGAGAGGGAGAGAAACAUGAAAAAACAGCAAAGGAAGAGAGAGAAGGUAAGAUCAAAGUAGUCCUGUUUUUUUCUUUUUAAAUCCAACCGCUCUAAUUCCUUUUCACCAAAUCCCAGUAUAUUAAAAACCCAUUUCUGAAAUCAUUCAAUCCUCGAUACGCAGAUCGCAGUUUCUCAAAUUUCGAUCAAUUCCUUUCCAUCUGAUUCAUUUCCCCUGUUUUUGGUUUGUCUGCGACAAGAACACAUCCAAUUUUAGGCAUGUCUGUCUGAAAACUUGUCUUAUCCAUGUUUCUAUAACUUCCUAUUAUCUCUCUCUCAUUUGUCGGUUUUAUUUUGAUCCGCUCUAUCAAAAUCUAUAAACUACGUCAAUAGAUAGAUUUUGAUUCUCCAAUUGUCAAUUUCCAGAAAUUAGAAUCAUUUCUCCCCUAAAAAAAAACUUUUGAUUUCUCUGUAAAUUUGAGGGUUUUUUGUGUUAAAAAUUCGAAUUUGAAUUCAUUUCCCCUGUUUUCCUGGCCUCCCACUUUCAAAUUCCCAUCUGGGUCUGCCCAAAUUGGAGGAAACUAAAUCAUGGGAAUUCAGAAAGACAGGGUGAGAUUCAAUGUCGGAGGCAGGAUCUUCGAAACAACGGCGACAACCCUUGCUAUUGCCGGUCGUCAUUCGCUCUUCGGAGCAAUGUUUGAUGACAAUUGGAACCUCCGAAACAAUGACACCGACGAGCACUUCAUUGAUCGGAACCCGGACUGCUUCGCCGUUCUCCUUGACCUCCUCCGAACUGGGGAGCUCUACAUUCCCUCCCACAUCCCCGAAAAACUUCUGUACAGAGAAGCAAUGUUCUAUGGCCUUCUUGACCACGUCCGGUCUGCAAAAUGGGGCCAAUUCGAUGGUAACAGACUUAGACUCUCGCAGUCGAUCUCAGGCCGAGCACCGGGGGAUGGGACGGCCAUUCGAGCCGGCCCCGAUGGUGGGUGCUGUGUGGCCCAUGGAAGUAUGGUCCAUGUCUAUGAUUGGAUGCUGGAAGAACACCCUCCACUUAAUCUUGAUUACCAAAGAGUCAAUGAUGUUGGUUGGAUUGAUUCAGAGGGUAUUGUGAUCAGUGCCAGCGAGCGGCUAGGCCGCUGCGAAGGUGGGAUGGCUCUGUUCAGUGCAUCAACAGGGGACCUCAGGCACAAAUUUCAGGUAACACAUGACAAUCAAGUCAAGAGCUACACAGGUGGUGCUUUGAGCUUUAGCUCAGAUUACAAAAUAUUUUCUAGUUGUAAAGGUAGGAGCAAUGAGUAUGGGAUUGGUGUUUGGGACCAAGUCACCGGGAAUCAGAUUGAUUUUUACUAUGAACCACCUGGUUGGUCACUAGGUGAAGCUGACAAGCUUCAAUGGUUACAUGGUUCCAAUUGUUUGUUGGUUGCUACUUUGUUUCCUAGGAAGGACAACUGUUACAUUAGUUUGUUGGAUUUUAGAGAUAAAAGCAUGGUUUGGUCUUGGUGUGACAUAGGAUCUCCAAUAACUGUGGAUGAGAAGCGAGUUCGUGACGCGAUAGCAAUGGAGGAGAGCAGUUCUAUAUGUGUGGUGAAUGAGUAUGAGGAUUUAGGGUUCAUGGAUUUGAGGAGUGCUGGUGUGGGCGUAAGGUGGAGCUCAAGGAGUCGUUUGAUGAAGGGGAAGAUGCCGGAUGAGCCGUGUUACCCUAAAUUGGCAUUGCAUGGAGGGCAGCUUUUUUCCUCCAUGAAUGACAGUAUUUCAGUGUUUUGUGGUCCUGACUGUGUAUUGACAUCUAGGCUAAGAAGGAGUUAUGGAGGUUCAAUUUGUGAUUUUUCGAUAGGUGGUGAUCGACUUUUUGCUCUUCACAGUGAGGAAAAUGUGUUUGAUAUAUGGGAGACACCACCUCCUCCAAUGACAUGAUUCUGCUUGAUAAUUGUUUGUUUUUGCAGUUGUGUAUUACAUUUUGAUCUUGAAUUUUUAUUUGUUUCUUUCUUUAGAAUGUAGAAGAUGAAACUGCAGUUGUUGCUUAUAGGUUUAGGCGUAUUCUUCAAUGAUUAUCCAGAGUUGUGGAUUUGUACAGGGCUUUCUUUCUCAUAAUGACAAUGUAAUGAAACCGAUUGCUUAACCACCAUAAUUUGAAA